GUGUACGCGUUCGGGGACACCGAUGCCGAGGACAUCGAGGCGCUGCGGUUCGACGCUCGGGCCCUGGCUCUCGUGAUGGGCGUGCCUUCGCCGCCCGCCGCGCCGGGCGCGGUGAUUCCGCGCUGGAUCGUCUCGGACCCUGGGUCGCCCGACUUCGGCAAGGAGCUCGACGUCCACAUCGUCGGGAGGCUGCUCUUCGGGGACGCCGUGGGGAUCGCGCUGCUCAGCGAAGAGGAGGGGUGGGUCUCCGUGGAGAAUGUCCAGGAGCGCGACGAGGAGGCCUGGCUCGCCGAGAAGCGUCGAGGCCCAGGUCGCGACCCGCGGAUCUCGCCGCUGUCGCGUCGGACGCCAGGCCAGCCGGUCAUGCUGCCCGAGGCGCUCGCGAGGAUGAGCUCGAUCGACAUCGAGGACUGGCCCUUCCGCGGGCCCAAGGCCCUCCCCGAGCAGCUCGCCGCCGUGCUCGCCACGGGCCUCACGCUCACCUCCUACUGGGGUUUCUGGGUGUCGGAGUCAGGGGUCUCGCGGAGCGCGGGGGUGGCCUUGGAGAUGCGCCGCCUGUUGAACGUGCUGCGCCAUAGGGUCACCCACGACCUCCUCGACGCCUCGAACCUGGCGUCGUUCGAGCUGCUGGGGCGGAGGGCCCUCCAGAUCCAACGGGCGGUGAAGCGGUGCCCGCGGCGCCCCAGCUUCGAGGGUCUUGGCUUGGCGCUGAGCAGCUCGCUGGGCGAGAGCGGGGGCGCGGCGGCGUCUCGACCCGACGCCUUCGUGGCCGAGGAGCAGAAGGCGCAGGGGAUCAUCUUGGAGCAGGAGAGGCUGUUCAGGGAGGAGCAGCAGUCCGACGCAAAGAAGUGCGAGAGCUUGGGCGCCGCGGCUGUGGACGCGCGCCUGGCGCGGCAUCCCUCCGAGGCAGGACUUCGCCCGCAGUUUUGUUUCCUCUGCCGCGGAGCGACGGGUUCUACCGCCACCCCCGGCGGGGGGAACGCGCCGCUUUACCUCGGCGCCUGGCUCGACGCGCUGCUGAUGCUGACACUCGCGAUCACCGGUCUCUGGAGGCCAUGGGGGCGCUCUACGCUUCGGCGGCCGCGCGAGCUGGACGGCGCCUCGACCCUCGAGCGCCCGGCAAGCAGGGGCCGACUACCGCCCAGGAGUCGGGCCCGACGUCGCGUUCGCAGUUUUGGGGGCCGCCCGGUGGACAUGGACUCCCCGAAGCAGUUGCGAGGCCUUGCGCCUCGCCAUGUUUCUGGGGUCCUCGACAACGCCGACCCGGGCGUAGCGCGGCCCAGGGCCCAUAUUCCUCAGGACCAGGAGAUCGUCGAGCCGCGUUGGGGCCCCCUCCUCAACCCGUGCGACCGGCGGAGCCGCUCCAGGCUCAUCGACUUCUUGCGGCGCCUGGCUGAGCGCGGGCCGGUUGAUGGACGUCGGCGGCGGAAGGCCUGCGUCAGCGCGUUCUUCGUCGCCAGGAAGAACGGCGACAUCCGCAUGGUCGUGGGCGCCCGACUGCUGAACCAGCUGCACAAGCUCCCGCCUAGGGCGGUGCUGGCCUCAGGAGAGGCUCUGGGGUCGAUCAACUUGCUGGACGCCGCCGACGCCUCCCCCCAGGACCUCGCCGACUUCGACGGCUGCUUCGGGUCCCUCUGCGCGGGCUCGGUCGACCUCAUGGGCGGCUUCUACCAGUUCGCCGUCACCGCGGACGAGAUCGGCCUCGAUUCGAUAUUUGACGAGAUGCUGGGUCGGCGCGUGGCUGUGGCGUCGGACCAAGUGCUCGUCGACGCGAUGGGCGCGGCGGGGCUCCAGGGCGACGGCUGGUGUCUUGAUGGGGCCAGGGCCCCGGCGCUCGUCGGGCGCUCGGUCGCCAGGGCCCCAUGCGUUGACCAUGGGAACCUGGUCUCGCUCAGCGGAGCGGCGAUCGACGACCCUGGAGAGGACGGCCGCGAGGGGCGGCUCCGAAGCACUGCGAAGCGGGCCUGGCGGCCCUACCUGGCGCUGCACCACGUCCUACGCGAGCCGUGGCUGGUUCGGUGGCAGCUGCGACGCAUCGUCGGGCACAUCGCGCGCUACUUCUCGGUCUUGCGGCCGGGCCUCAGCGCGCUGGGGGCCUGCUGCGCGCGCAUCGCGAGUGGCGACCUGGUCGAGGUGGGGCUCCUGCCGCGCGGCGUGUUAGGCGUGCUCGCCGCCGCGGCCAGGCUGGUCUUUCUUGGCGAGGUCGAUCUGUGCAGGGUGCCGUCGGACAUCGCCUUCGCGACCGACAGCUCGACGCGGGGCUGCGCCGUCUGCGAGGCGCGCUUGGGGCCGCGGGGGGUCCUCGCCGCCAUCCGCUGGCGGGAGCGGCAGCGCUCCGUCGCCUCCGAGGUGGAGAUCGCCUCCGACGACGAGCUGCGCGAGGGCCAUGCUGCAGGGCUCAGCGAUCCUUCGGAUCCGUUGCCUGCGGCCACCCCGCCGCGCCAUCGGCGCGCGGUGGCUCGGCGGCGCCGCGUCGAGCUCGAGAUCGGCGCCUCGCUGGAGCCGCUGGCAGAGGCGCUGCUGGACCCGAGUCGCUGGGCGGAGCGGCGCCGCGGCGCUUGGCGGUGUCCAGGGCGGAUCCACGCGUUGGAGGCCCGAGCCGCGGUCGCCCCGCUGUGGCGCGCGGGGGGCGACGUCGCGUUCCACGAAGCGGAGGUCCUCAGCCUGUGCGACAACAUGUCGUCGGUCCCCGCUUUCGAGAAGGACAGGGCCACCAACUUCGAGCGGCUCGCCCAGCGUCGGCAGGCUGCGGCGAUUUGCCUGGGCGAGAUCCGCUGGCGGCCCAGGCGCGCGCCAGGCAGCUGCUCCGCGGGCCCAACAUAG